AGAGAGGCUGUGGAGCCGGAGCGCAGGAAACUUUAAAUAUCAGAACCAGCUGCUGUUAAACACCCAAACUACAGCUAAACUACAGCCACACUCCGCACAGGAUCCAUUGUGCCACAAUCAUGUCAUCUCCAGCUGGACCACAGCCAUCCGAGUCUCGCUUCCUGUCCCGCUGGAUGCCCAGCAGCUCUCGGGCCGGGGUCUUCCUGAGUGGCUCUCCAGGAGAGGUCAGCUCUGUCCAGAGCAGCUGCUCUUCUCUGGCUCAGGAGAUCUCUAUGGAAGACUCUUUCUGCUCCCAGUUCGCCCCUCUGCCUGUGUCCUGCAGCAGCAGCCUGGAUUCAUUGGUGCCAAAGGUGUCCGAAAUAGACCCGCAGAGAAAAGCAACAAGCAGCAACCCAGACAGUGUCCAGGACAUUUUAACAAGAGUACAGGAACUUCCACUGCAGGCGAGGCUGGAGCAGCUAAAGCAGUUACAGCAGCGCAUGCAGGAGCAGCUAAAAGCCCAUCAGUUAGAGCAGCUGCAAAAACUGCACAAUGAACAGCAGGGCAUUGUGGGGAUGGUACAGACAGGCGCAGCAGGAUACACCCAAGAAAAACAGCAGUACAGCAGAAGCACAUCAUCUACACUUUCCACUGCACAACACAGUGCUUUGCCUACACACCAGGAAGAAGUGCUGAGUGAACUUGAGUCAAGUGUGUGGAAUCAUGAAUCGAGUGUGGUGCAGUCGAGCUUUGGGCAAGAUGGUGAUGGAGAUGAAGAUGAUAUUAUCGAAGGUUCACUGCAGUCUGUAAUUGAGAAUCCAAGCAUGUGCAGACAAGAUAGGGAAUCAGAGCCUCAAGACAGGCCACUCAAAUCAGCUACCAGUGGGAAGACAUUUGAAGAGAUGUUGGAAGAACAGCUGAAGUUGGAGAAUGAGAAGAUAAACAAGAACGCUCCUGCUGAACCAGCAAAGGUCAAGAGGCCGUUUCUGAGACGUGGGGAAGGUCUGGCCAGGUUUAAAAGAGAUAAAGCCUCCGUAACUUUCAAAGAAGGAACAGCUCGGCCAAGCACCAAACCCACUUCUUGCCCGAAUCCUGUGAAGUCUCAGGGCCAAGCACUUGCAUCCCGUCACCAAAACUCAGAGCCAAAAAGACCUUCGCCUAAACCUACACCAACUAAUACUGUAAUCCAACGCAAGACUGCAGUUCUGAACAAAGAGAACUUGCCUCAGAGCAAGUCUUUACUACCAGCAAGCAAAACUGUUGUCAAAGCUCAUAUCCUUGGAUCCCACCAGGGUCAGAACAUGGGCUCUGGAGCUGUCCAGCAACUUGGCAGGAGUGCUCGGAGGCCUGAUCCUCCGCAGAAGAUUGUCUGUGAUGCUGUGGAGGAUGUAAAUAAGGGGCCAUCACCUGGGCAUCUCCGGGAUCCUAGUACAUGUGUGGCGGAGAACUCCUUUGAAGUGUGGCUUGCAGAGCGCGGGGAUCGUUGGGAAAAGGAUAAUCAACGUGAGUGUGUGGAGCUUGGUGAGUUUGAGCUGCUGGAGAGAGCAGCGGAUGAACUAUCAUUCUCAAGCAACUCUUCCUUUAUUUGUACUCUUCUUCAGGGAGAUCGUAGACGUCUGUCCUCAACGCCAGUCAAAUCACCUCCAAAACCUAAGUUGCCUGGUCAUAUUCAAGCUGACUCUAGAAACCCAGUGCAGCCGAGCAUUAGCAGUGUCCAGCAGGGUGUACCAGACAUGCCUGUAGACAGUGUUGCAGUAAACAUUAAGAAGAGUGUGGUGGUCAGCCAGUAUUCGGAGGAGGAAGAUGAGGGUAGUAAAAUAGAUGAUGAUGAAGAUUCUGAUGCUUCAUUGUGUAGCACUACAGAGUUCCAACAAACUGCAUUUGGACCAGGUCAACCUUUCAGCCACUGCUUUCAAAUAUCUCAGGUCCCGCCCUACAAUAAAAGCUCCUACCAGGACAGGGAGGAAGGAGCUGCCAGUCCACUCGAGGAAGAGGAAAGCAAUGGAGAUUCUACUAUAGUGGAUGCCAAGGAUCACAUUGACUUUGAUGACGAUGACACUUGGAAUGAGCCUGAGGACUUGACCUGCAUUUCCGCUAAGAUGGACGAUCAUGCAGGCACGACACUGAAGAGGAAGGUUGCCUUCUCAAAAGGACCAGAGCUUGACCCUUCUGCUGACAGCUCACUGGGCCGUGAACCAGAGCCUCUGCCCACAUGCCAGUUGGUGGCAAAGCUGUUCCCAGCCCUCAAGCCGAAGCCCUGCCCUCCAGCUCCUCCAGUUGCAAAGAAUCCAGAAGCAACAUGCGACGAACAAGGAGCAGCCCAGUCCCGCUUACUUCGUGAGCGUUUGGUGGAGCUGGAAACAGAGAUUGAGAGGUUCAAGACAGAAAAUGCGGUGUUGAGCAGACUCAGACAGGAAAACGAGGAUGUCGGAGAGAACCUGAGGAAAGAGACAGCCCAGUUUCAGCAGAAGAUGGCAGAUGAACUUGCCAAAUGGGAAGAGUUCAAGCGCGAGGAAAGCCGGAAGCUGCAGCGGGAAAAGAAGCUGUUUGAGAAGCAUGCGGCAGCUGCCAGGGCGAGACCUGACAAACAGGAGCGAGAUGAGAUGCAGUCUCUAAAGCAGCAACUGAACUCUCUGCAAGAGGAUUUAAGAAAACGAGAAGCUCGCUGGUCCAGCACCCAUCAACGCCUCCGGCAGCAGGUAGACACCCUGAGUGCUGAGAACACGACUCUCCGAGGCCAGGUCCGCAUGCUGGAGAAACUCCGCCUGACUGCUUGGAAAAAUGCUGAGAGUGAGCGUGAAAAAGAGAAAGAGAGGGGAAGGUCUAAUGCACCUGGUGGUGGUGGCGGCAGCACCACCAGUGUCACAGCUCAGAGAAGGGCCAAAUCCAAGAGUCCUUCCCACAGUGUAAAGACCAGCAGCACGAGCAGCAAAAGGGAAAGCCCAGAGCUUCAGAAUCCUCAUAAAAUUCAAGCUUGUAAAUCAAGGUUUAAGCCUACUCUGAGUGAAAAGGAAGCCUGCCCGGUGGCUGAUCCAUACCACAUAUCUGAUGGACAACCUGAGCCUGAAGGGAGGAGCCAUGAUUCUCUUCCAAUCAAUGAAUCCUCUUUAGAUGUGGAAAGUCCUAGAGCUGUUACAGAGCAGCUGGAUAUGGAACAAGAAGAAAUCAUGCACACUGAUGGCAAGAUUGAAAAGCUUCUUCCAGAUGGAGGGAGACUUAUAGUGUUCCCUAACGGCACAAGGAAAGAGCUGUCUGCAGACGGGCUGUCGAUCAAAGUCACUUUUUUUAAUGGAGACAUCAAACACAUCAUGCCUGAUCAAAGAGUGAUUUAUUACUAUGCAGGAGCUCAGACCACACAUACGACCCACCCUGAUGGCAUAGAAGUUCUCCAGUUCCCUAAUAAUCAGAUAGAAAAACACUUCCCUGAUGGCCAUAAGGAGAUCACUUUCCCUGAUCAGACAGUUAAGAAUAUCUACCCUGAUGGGAGAGAGGAGAGCGUACUGGCAGACGGAACAAUAAUACAGCAAAACCCGGAUGGCAGUAAGAAGAUCCAGUUUAACAACGGUCAGCGGGAACUUCACACUGCUGAAUUCAAACGCCGAGAAUAUCCUGACGGUACGGUCAAAACAGUUUAUUCAGAUGGCCGCCAGGAAACACGAUAUCCCAGUGGCCGCGUUCGACUCAAAGACCCUCAGGGACGUGUUGUUAUGGACGCCAAGCCCUGAUGUAAUAUGAACUUUUUUUUAAGUCAGAUUCUCUUGAAUUAUCUUGUGUGAGUAUUUUGUAUGGGUUGCACAGCAUGGUCCAUAUUUAUUUGGUGUACAGUUUUGUAAAAAAAAUAAAUAAAUAUUUGUGAGUCAGA